GUCCCGUCACCGCCGCAGGCUUCUCCUUUAAAUACCGCGCUUCUUCUCCAAAGAGAGAGAGAGAGAGAGAGAGAGAGAGAGAGAUAGAUGAGAAACGAGGCUUGUGAUUCCUCGGGGUCGAUGUCGUCGGUGGGGUUAUCGGAGCCGGCGCCGGCACCGGAGGAGGAGCUAGAGCUAGGGUUGAGCUUGGGGGCGAAGAAGCUCUCUGGUGGUGGCGGGAGGUGUUGCCGGAUUCUCACUGCCAAGGACUUGCCGUCACUGGCAUCUAGGGCUUCGUCCUCUUCCUCUGUUUCCUCUUCUAAUGGUUCUCCCAAUGGCGUUGCCGGCACUAAAAGAGUUGCUGACGUUGUGGGUUCCGCUGCUAAUCCAUCUAGUCAAAUGGUAGUAGGAUGGCCGCCAAUAAGAGCUUUUAGGAUGAACAACCUUGUAAACCAAUCCAAAGAUACAACCUCAGAUGGUGACAAUGCUCUGAAGAAGAGCAACAAGAAGGAAAGCACUUGUGGUAAGGAUCAUGAUAAGCAGGGAAGCUCACUCUUUGUGAAGGUGAACAUGGAUGGAGACCCAAUUGGAAGGAAAGUGGAUCUCAAUGCUCAUCUUUCUUAUGACUCUCUUGCACAUGCUCUCGAGCUCAUGUUUCGCAAGCCAACCUCAGAUUGUGUUACUGCAUCGAAGUUGUUGGGUGGUUUGUCGGAGUUUGCUCUCACUUAUGAAGACAAGGAUGGGGAUUGGAUGUUGGUUGGAGAUGUUCCAUGGAGGAUGUUUUUGAGUGCUGUCAAGAGAUUAAGGAUCAUGAGAACCUCUGAUGCAAAUGGGCUUUUAACUUGGAACACAAAGUCAAUCUACAAUUGAAGGAAAAUAUCGAAAAGAGUAGAAAACUUAGCGUCGAAGAUCACUUUUGUGUCGAUUUCUUUCAUUUUGUUCUCCUCUGUUGUUUGAAGUCGCCCUUCCAUUUCUGCUUGUUUUGUUUAAAUGUUUACACAUGUGAGACCACAAGUAAACGGUAAUAUGAAAUCCUGUUUUUGGA